AUGAUGCCACCGAAAAAGCAAAAACUUCAAAACGGUCUACCAAGCCGAACAAAUCAAGAAGAUCAAACACAAACAACAGAAUUACUCACCUACUUAAAAUCAAAAUAUAGACCAUAUUCAUUAACAGAUAUUCAAUUAAAUUUACAUGGUAAAUUCAAAAAAACUCAAUUAACAACAAUACUAGAAUCAUUACUUUCUGAAAAGGAAGUGAUUGUUAAAACUAUUGGUAAGACUAAUUAUUAUUGUUAUAAGGAAAUUAUUGCUUCUGAUAAUGCUUCAAUUGAUGAAUUAAAUGAUAAAAUUAAAAAAACAGAAGAAGAAUUAAGUGGUUUUGUUGCUAAAGUUUGUGAAAUUACUCAAAAACCAACUUUGACUAAUGAAAUGUUGAAACGAACAAUAGAAGAAACACAGCAAAAAGCUCAAACACUAAGAGAUCAAGUUGCUAUUGCUGAACAAAAAUCCAAAAAUGAAUCAGGAUCAGAAACUACAAUGAAUUAUGUUUCUAACUUAAUCAAAUUAAAAGAAAAACAACAAAAAAUAGUAUGUUACCUUCCAAAAUAA